AUGUAUAGCCACUCUUCAUCCAAUGGAUUUCCGCCGAUGAAGUCUCACUCCAUGAAAAUUACAGAAAACGGUGGGAAAGCUGGAAGUGUAGAUAGCCCUUCUCGUGAUUUGUUUGUGUAUCUCACAACUUGUAAGAUUGGACAUCAUGUAGAAGUUUAUCUAAAAAAUGGAUCGGUUUACAGUGGCAUAUUUCAUGCUGCUGAUGUGGAGAAGGGUUUUGGUGAGGCCAUUUGA